AUGGACAGCAUUUACAAGUUACUGGUGUGCUACAACAGGACAAAUUAUGCCGCUGAACAAGUUGUGCCUUUUGGAUCCGGUAACCGGGUCUAUAGCGAUAGCCUUGUUAGUUUUGUCCAUUACAUGGUGCGUGUGCUGCUUGAUCAGUCGCUAUGGGAGACGUCAAUCAAUUUGCCGCCAAAUCACGGUGUCCUCGGCCUCCUUUUGGCUAUCAUCAUGGGCUUUUGCAUUCCCUUUGCCCUUGCUGCCGUCUGUGGAUUGGGUUUUCGAGCCUUGGAAUCAUCCUUUUUCAAUGCAGCUCUUCUCAAUGCAACUCAGAGGGCACACGGUCUGGUGAUUUUCUCCGCUCCGAUACACAUUCUGGGCAAAAGCGGGAUCUGGAUCAUUUUCAUUGUCAUUCUUUUACUCAUUGUCACCUCGUGUAUGUUUACCAUUGUUGGCGCUUCGUCCAUUCUGCAUCACGAUGUCCUCGCUACGUACAUUCGACCCUUCAAGAAACACGCGGACAAGGCAAAGUGCCUUCUUUGUGGGAAGCGACGUGGUCACCUCGCAAGUCGACGCAACAUCUGCCGCUGUCGCAGUAUGCUCGAGUGUGCGGCAUGUCACACCGACACGUGGUUCAGACGCGAAUGCAAGAACAGACCGACCACAACGCUUGUGUACGGCUGCAAGACACACGGCGCCUACCGCGCCUACAUGGACGAGAUGUCGAAAAACGUGCUUCAAAUCUCCUUCAUUUUGAUGGCGGGCAUGAUACCACUCUUCAUUAUCUUUGCUGAAUCAACGCUUACGAACUUUCUGUACUACGGUCUCUGCACCCCCUUUGUGGGAUGCCUUUGUCUCAGCAUUCUCUGGGCACGUCUCUCCAAAGUUGCAUUACUAAGUGGCUACUUUGUCAGCGCAGGAGCCUCCCUCACUCUCUGGCUUUUGCUUGAAUGCACGUUCUUCGUAGGUAGCGAAGGAGCGCAGCUGAUUGGACUGACAGUGGCGUUUCUUGGUGGCUUUCUGCUGCCUGUACUGAUCACUUUUCUCCACACUAAACCCCUUCAAGCUGAGGCGAUGCUCAGUGUGUGGAGCUCUGUGCAGGAGAUCGACAAUCCCCUUGUACCCUGGCCUGAGGUCUUUACACGCGAGAAGAAGCCCGCCCUGUCGGAGGUGCGCAGAGCUCUGGCGCCACUGCGUCGUUUGACUUGGAAACUAAUCACUUUCAACCUCAUCACAUUUGUUGGAAUUUGGCAAGUACUGGGACAUACCGCGCAGUCACUCGACUUUGACAGCUUCUUCUUCUAUGUAUGCGUCAUUUGUGUUACGAGAGGUUGUGCAUCCACUAAUGGGUGA